UUUGAACCCGUCAAUCAGUUUUGAGAUCAUCCAAGUUCUCGUGCGAGGUCACGAGAUGUCGCUGUACAGAGUAGACGGUUGGGAUUUGCCUUCAAGAUCCUUCAAGUAAAGAAGAGUGACGUGUCAGAGUAGAGUGAAGACUGGGAAAGCAGAAAAAGUGUUCUGUGAGUUCUUGAACAGUCUCAGGCUAGCGCUACACUGUGAAGAUAGUGAUCGCAGGGCCUUUUUUCUUGGAACAUGCCACUUUAGCAUACUUUAGCCAUUUCAAGAGGAUUGCCGUCACGGUACCGGAGUGAAGCUUCUGCGCCCUUGUCAUGGAGAAGUUUCAUUUCAUGAUCGUGGGCAUCCCACUGUCCCCUUUGCACAGUAUUGUUUCGAUCGGGCAGGAGCUUUGCUUACGCGGACACAAUGUGACGGUCUUGAGCUUUGCAGAACGAGGAAAGAAAAAGGUGGAGAAGUAUUCUUCGCGCUGCAAGCUGACUUAUGUGGAUCUUGGCCCACUACCUGUCAGUGAUGAUCAAGAAGAGCAAAUAGUACUGAAGGGAAUGUCGACAAACAGCACACGGAAGCAGUUGCUCAACGUGAUGAACAACCUUAUGGUGCCGUACAAUGAUGGCUUGGCGGACGCGAUGGAAAGCUAUUUGAAGUUUGCCCAGAAGCCCUCGUUUGCUUUGCUUUCAAUGCCUUUUGGGCGUGUUGGACUGUUGCUACAGAAGUACAACAUCGACUUCGCUGUCAAUAUUCCCACCAUUCUUGUCCCUCCUUUGGUUCCGUGGGCUGCCCCAUACGUACCAAUUCCUUUCCACCAUGUCAGCGUGCACAACAUGAGUUUUUUCGACAGGAUAAUGGUUCUUGGAUUCAACGCCUUGGUGAACUUUUUUCGUGCCGCUGCUUUGUCCAUGGACUACAAGUUUACUUUGGUGCCAGAGAUGGGCUGGGAUCUUUGGCAGGGACGGCUAGUGUUCAUAAACUCCAUUCCCGGAAUGGACUACACGCAGCCGCUACCACCUUUGGUGCAAUACACCGGGCCAGUUGUGGAUGUCAAGAAGAUGGAACCCUUUCCAGAAGACGUUGAGCAAUGGCUCGAGGGUGUCCCAGCCGACAUGCCCGUGGUCUAUGUGAGCUUUGGAACAGUCGCGCGACUAACUCCUGAUCGAGCCAGGGCAAUGUUGGCAUCUUUGACUUCUCCAGACUUUUACACCUUGUGGGCACUUCCAAAACCACAACAAGCUGGUUUGCCAGGCAACGACAUUCGCGUCAAGAUUCAUCACUGGAUUCCAACUGCAAGAGCACUGGCACAUCCAAAAGUGAAGGCCUUUGUAUCUCACUGUGGAGGCAACUCUGCCACAGAGUCCAUGGCAUUGGGUGUGCCUUUGAUUGGCUAUCCGCAGUUUGGUGAUCAGCCAGCAGUUUGCCAGCGUAUAGCAGAUGCUGGUGCUGGAAUCUCAGGCCCUCCUGGGGGCUGGGUGCAGACCACUGAUGUGUUGCAUGUCCUGCAGACGGAACGCUACGCAGAGCGCGCCGCAGCCAUGUCCCGCCUGCUCGAGCAGUUUGGUGGUGUAUCGCGGGCGGCGGAUCUUCUUGAGCUUGCUGUGCGUGGCGAUUUGAAGCUGCUUGAGACUCCGCUGGAGAGUACAAAGUUCUCCCAAUUCCUCCUGCGAGGUUAUGACCUGGUGCUUUAUGUGCAGCUCUUCUUCUUCGUGCUCAUAAUCGCUUGCAUGCGCUGCUGCAGCAGACGGCAGCCCGCCAAUCCUUCCAAGCAAAAGACACACUGACAGAGAGAGAUGGUGAGCUUGCAGGAGUGAUGCUACUGGUUUAAGUUUAGCGAGCACUCGCAUGGGUGCAUUAGCGAAUUGCGAUGCUCAUUUGCAUUUUGCUUGCACAGACCAUGAGUCAACCUGUCCUGGAAUCGGAUGGGCGGGUGAAAUCAUGUUGCCUACUCCAGACGGCAUCACUCGGCCACAAAGGUUUUGUUCUGCUUGUUUGCCUUGCUGAAUCUGGCAUGUAUAUAUUUUUGGUUAUGGCUUGCAUUUCUGGCUCGCGGUUGAUAUGGGGAAGUUGGUGGGUGUUGGCCUAUUGAGCAAGGCUCUAAGCAGGUUAAAGGGGUGUGCACUUUGCACUCUGCCUUCGUUGGCCCUUGUACAGCAAGAGGCAAAGAGUGCCGAAGGGGU